GAGAUCUGGCAGGGGUUAAAUACAUCCAUAUAGCCUCAAGGGCUAUAUGUGAUGUAUUUUAGCCAUAAAAAGGUAUUAUACAUUGCUGCCCAGGGCGCCCCCCCAGCGCCCUGCACCCUCAGUGACAGUUGGUGACUGUUGGUGAAGUGUGCUGACAACAAUGGCGCACAGCUGCAGUGCUGUGCGCUACCUUAUGAAGACUGAAAGUCUUCUGCCGCCUGUUUCUGGACCUCUUCAACUUCGGCAUCUGCAAGGGGGGUCGGCGGCACGGCUCCGGGACGAACCCCAGGGUGAGACCUGUGUUCCGACUCCCUCUGGAGCUAAUGGUGUCCAGUAGCCUAAGAAGCAAAUCCAUCCUGCACGCAGUGAUCUCGGCUUUGCUGAAGUCAUGGAUUUCUCUCAUCCGAUCACAAUUCUCCUGUACAUUAUAACGUGUGUUUUUGUGGCUGCUGUUUUAUACAAGCGGAAGUCACGCAUUCAUCCGAAUUAUCCUCCUGGACCAUGGCCUUUCCCAAUCAUAGGAAACAUUCACAUUUUGAACUUCAAGAGACCCCACGUAACAAUCCAAAAGCUGGCUAAGAAGUACGGUUCGGUGUUCAGCAUAGAAAUAGGGUGUCAGAAGAUGGUUGUCUUGUGCGGGUGUGAGACUGUGAGAGACGCUCUGGUGAACCAUGCAGAGGAGUUUUCUGAAAGGCCCACCAUACCAAGUUUUGAAAAUCUAACAAAGGGUUAUGGUGUUGCAUUAUCUAAUGGGCAUAGCUGGAAAGCGAUGAAACAAUUUACCAUCUCUACACUACGAGACUUUGGUGUGGGAAAGAAUAUCAUAGAAGAGAAGAUAAAUUACGAAUCCGAUUGGUUAGUAAAAAUGAUUGGGUCCUUUAAAGGAAAACCGUUUGAUAACACCAUGAUACUGAACACCGCUGUAGCCAAUAUAAUUGUAUCCAUCUUGAUCGGUCAACGCUUUGAGUAUGACGAUCCAAAACUUCAGAGGCUUAUGACAUUAGUGAUGGAUAGUGUCAGAAUGCUGGGCAGCCCAAGUGUCUUUAUGUACAAUGCGUUCCCAUCUCUGAUGAGCUGGUUUCCUGGAGGUUUCAAAACUGUGCAAGAGAAGAUAGAUGAAUUUCACUCAUUUAUCAGGGAGACGUUGACGAGCAGGAAGAAUCACCUGGAUGUAAACGACCAGAGGAAUCUUAUCGACCGGUUCCUUGUCAAACAAAAAGAGGAAAAACCAAAUCCGGAAUUAUAUUUCCAUGAUAACAAUUUAACAGUUCUUGUAACGGACUUAUUUGCUACUGGAACGGAGACGACCUCCGCUACCCUGAGAUGGGGCCUCCUGCUCAUGAUGAAAUAUCCUCAAAUUCAAAAAAAUGUUCAAACUGAAAUUGAAAAGGUAAUUGGGGAGGCUGAGCCUCUAAUGCUACAUCGCAAGCAAAUGCCGUAUACUGACGCGGUCAUCCAUGAGAUUCAGCGGUUUGCGAAUAUUGUACCUACUAAUGGCCCACGUAUGACUACUCAAGAUGUCACGUUCAAGGGUUUCUUUCUACCAAAAGGGACUUAUAUAAUGCCAUUGCUGUCAUCUGUACUACAAGACAAAGAGUACUUUGAGAGACCUGAUGAAUUUUACCCUCAACACUUCCUGGAUUCUGAUGGAAAUUUAGUUAGCAAUGAAGCAUUUUUACCAUUUUCUGCUGGUAAAAGAGGUUGUGUUGGAGAGAAUUUGGCUAAAAUGGAACUGUUUCUGUUCUUUACAAGACUGCUGCAGAACUUCACUUUCCAGGCUCCUCCUGGGGCUAAGCUGGACCUCCGUGCUGCUGUUGGUUUAUCUGUCAAUCCAGAAAAACACAAGAUCUGUGCGAUUGCACGCAACUAAUGUGGAACAAGUCACCACUAUCAGCAUUUAUUAGCUCUGGCAAAAAGAUACAUUCAAACCGGCAUAGUUGCUGGUCUGAAAUAUGUCAUAUUGGCAUGACCCCCUUCCCACCCCUAUUCUGCCUUUCUGGUCGUAUAUGUUGCAUCCAUAAUGCAUCUCACUCUACAAUGGCACAUUUGGGACUGUUCACUUUCUGGACAUGU